CGCCCUCGCUCCUCAUUGGCUGCGCGCCACGUGCGCCCGCCCGCCCUCUCUCCUCAUUGGCUAAGAUCCCUACCGCCCGCUGCAACCAUUGAUUGGUGACGCUGUCAGUCUUACACAGCCGGCCCGCCCCCCGCUGAGGUGCCGGCGACUCCCAUUGGCCGAGAACAGCGGCGCCACGCCUGAUUGGUCUGGCUCCACGGCUCGCUAUUGGCCGUCAGUCACUCCAUUCCAGCCCUUCUCGUAGGACUGCCUUGUUCCGGCGCACGCUACGCCUUUCACUCUCCAUUGGCUGUUUGCGUUGUCAAUGACAGCGCACCUCCCGCCGCAGUCUUCUAUUGGCUGAGGGGUCACAGGGAGGCCCGUCUCAAUCAAGAUGGCGGCUCGCAGGGUGGGUGCGCGGCUGUGAGGUGCUGCGGAAGAAUCAUGGCGGAGGUUGGAGCCGGGGGGGACCCCCGGGAGCCCCCCCGGAACCUUCAGGGCCUUUUGGAGAUGGCGGUGGCGGCCACUGAGCCUCAAGCGGAACCUCGUGAGCCAAUGGCCGAGGAGCGGCAGCGGUGGCUGCGGGCGGCCGUGGCCGAAGCGCUGGGGGGCACCGGGCAGGAGGUGGAGGAGCUGCGGCGCUGCCUGGAGGUGUUGGCCCGGCCCUGUCCCGGAGAGGAAGCGGCGGAGAGAGGCCCUGGGGAGACGGCGCCCCACGAACAGGCGUUGGAGGUCCUGGCAGAACUGUGCGAGAGCCUCGAUAAUGCCACCGAUUUCUGUGCCCUUGGGGGCCUGGAGGUGGUGCUGGGGCUGCUGGGCCACCCUUGGGCCCCUCUGCGGGCAGGGGCUGCCCGGGUCGUGGGGGCGUGUGCCCAGAACCUGCCGGGAGCGCAGGGGAGGGCGCUGGCGCUGGGGGCCCUCCCUGCCCUCCUGGAGUGUCUGCGGGGGGACCCUGAUCCCCGUGUGCCCCCCCGUGCCCUCUUUGCUGUGUCCUGCUUAGUGCGGGCUCAAGCUGAGGGCCUGGCCCAGUUUGAGAGUCUUGGGGGACUGGAGGUGCUAGGGGGGACCUUGCAGAGCCCCCAGGCCCCUCUGCGUGCCCGUGCUGCCUUCCUGCUGCACAGCCUGCUGCGCGAGCACCCUCGCCUCAAGGAGCCUCUGUGCCGCCUGGGGAUGGUGCCACAGCUUGUGGCUCUCCUGCGAACGGAGCAUGAUGGCGCCCACGAGCAUGUCCUGGGAGCACUCUGCAGUUUGGCAUCAGAUUUCCCAAGGGUGAUCCAGGAGUGCCGUGUCCCUGACCUGAGGCUGGAGGAGCUGUUACGAGAGCGCCGGUGCCUGCUGCAGGGCCGCGAGGAGUUCCAGGAAGAGCUGGAGUUCUGCGAGCAGCUGCUGCAGCUCUGCUUCGAGACCCCCACUGAGGAAAGUACAAUGGACCGAUGACCAUGGGACCCCCCCUUCCAAAUCCAAGGAGGGCUCCAUGGGACUCUUAGAGACACCCCGCAGCCGAAAGGAAAAAAACAAGAGCACUGUGGGCUGGUGACCAUUGUGGGGAAGUAAUAAAGGUUUCACUCCUGUUCA